AUGCUCGUUCUCAAGUCUCUUCUCGUAUCCUUGAGCAUUGCGCAAGUAUAUGCAGCCAGUCCUACCACAUCAGGGGCUUCGACGUCUAUCACUGGCUGCCAUAACCAUGGAUCAGACAUUUUUUGUAUUGAUGGCGACGGUCAUGAGGUGGCGGUCUCGGCAACAGCUACACCCACUGGUGGAGCACCGGCACAAUACACUGGAUGCCACUCUCAUGGAAGCGAGUCAUACUGCCUUGAUCCAGAUGGCAACGAGGUCUCAAUCAAAGCAGAGGAGACGGGUCACAGCGAGAGCGGGCAUACACAUGAGCACGAGGAUGAGCACGAGCACGGCGAGCAUGACCAUUCCCACGAAGAAUCUUCUGGGGGAGGCAAAACCAACUGUCACUUCCAUGCUGGUGUGGAGCACUGCGUCGCAGAGGGUGAAUCGGAAGAAAGCAGCCACUCCUCAUGCGGCAUUCAGACCAGAGACUAUGACGUGCCCUUGCGAAUUGGCACAUUGUUUGUUAUUCUUGUCACCAGCGCUAUUGGCGUCUUCGCUCCCAUCCUGCUGUUGAAGCUUCCAUUUGCGAAGAUCAAUGGAGUGAUCUCGACUGUGAUCAAGCAGUUCGGAACGGGAAUUAUCAUUGCCACAGCUUUUGUUCAUUUAUACACGCAUGCCUCCCUCAUGUUCACCAACGACUGCCUCGGCGAGCUCGACUACGAAGCUACAACUUCUGCCAUAGUCAUGGCCGGGAUCUUCCUUGCCUUCCUGUUUGAAUACAUCGGCCACCGGGUGAUCGUGGCACGCGGGCGCAAAACAGAAACCUGUGCCUCCAGCACCUCUGAGUCCCAAGAGGCAUCUCAAAAAGACCAGCACUCGUCACCCCAGACCGCACCUCAGCAGCCGAUGCUGGCUCAUCUUGGACACAACCACGGCCCAAUGGACCCAUUCAAGCCCAGCAGCAAGUUUUCAGUCCUGGUCAUGGAAGCAGGAGUGCUCUUCCAUAGUAUUUUGAUCGGUCUGACCCUGGUUGUUGCCGGCGACUCCUUCUAUAAAACUCUUCUGGUGGUCAUCGUCUUCCACCAAUUCUUUGAAGGGUUGGCGCUCGGAGCUCGGAUUGCCAUGCUUCCCGGUGCUAUCUUCCCAUCCAAGGCGUUGAUGGCGGUGGCAUUUGCUCUUAUUACACCCAUUGGCAUGGCCAUCGGGCUGGGUGUGUUGCAUUCGUUCAAUGGGAACGAGAAGAGCACGCUGAUUGCUCUCGGUACGUUGGAUGCGUUGUCUGCUGGUAUCCUGGUUUGGGUGGGAGUCGUCGAUAUGUGGGCACGCGAUUGGGUGAUUGAAGGGGGGGAGAUGCUGGAUGCAAGUAUAGGAAAGGUGUUGGCUGGAGGGAUUUCUCUGGUGGUGGGGCUGGUAUUGAUGGGUCUGCUCGGGAAAUGGGCAUAA